AUGGCGCAAGACUUGUACAUGGGCGACAGACUCCCCGCACUCAACGACGAGGUGCAAGAAGUUUCAGAUUACGCGUCUUUGUUAGACGAGUGUACCUUAUUGGCCCUGAUGGAAGAUGCAGAUUUCUCCCGUAUGUUAGCCAGUACGCCUUCAGGAAUCGACGUACAGAGCACUUGCCAAGAUGUAUGUCUGCAAAACAACCUCGCAUCACAAACUCGUCAAUAUCCUUCCACGCAUGCCGAGCCCAGCCGCUCUCCAACGAUGACAGAGUGCAUCGAACCGGCUCUGACAUACGCGCCACAUCGUCUAUCUCUAUACGCCACACGCUCGAACAGUGUCCCAUUCGACGAAAACCAUGCUCCCCACCGACUGUCCCUCGCCUGCGCGAUACCAGGCCCUAUAAGCCCUAUCACGGAAACCUCGCCAAUCGAAGACCAGGAAGUAGAUUCCCAAGGAACGCGAGACGAUGGGCGUUUCACGGAGACCCCACCAUAUCACGCCCAUUGUCUAUCCCCACCGAAUUUCAUAGUCCCAGACGAGGCUAUGGAGAGUGGAGUAUGGGAGGUUAGGGCAGGUGAAGGUGGAAUUAUACCUCAGCGCUCAAUUCCAGCGAGAGUCGACCAUGCUGAAACCAGCUUCCUCGAGCGGGUCCCAACACCUCUCCGUUUCCAGCUCAAUCCUGCAGCAAAUAGAUCUUUUGUUCUAGAAUCACCUACCCAUUCUGCUAGCCCCGAACCUCAUCACCCUAUCCAUGCCGCACUUCGUUUCGUCAGCCCUGCGGUACCUCUCCUGCCCGCACCUCUCUGCCAAUCCGGCCCGACUACCUGUCCUCAGUCCCUCCGAGCAGUAUCCAGAGAGACAGAUACGGUAGCUUCAGAAACUCAAGAAGAAGAAGAAGAAGCGGAAACCCUGGUAAAAGUAGGAGAACGUUGGGCCUGCUUAAUAUGUGAGGGGACAGCGUUCCGCAGGAGGACAGAUUUGCGGAGGCACAUGAGGGGGCACAAUGGGCAGAAGACGAGCUGUUCGAAGUGUGGAGAACUCUUCAGCCGUCCAGAUGCUGUGGACAGACAUAUGAGAGAUUCGUGUGGUCAGAAGAGGAAGCGGGGGCCAAAGCCUGGUUCACGUCGACGUCGAGAUAAAAGAGCAUGACUUGACCGGGUGCAUGGACUUGUCUUUGUUUGUCGGAGCCAAAUUGUUGAUGAUUCGACUUCAAGCUGUCUUCUCAUUCUCG